GACAGCCAGUCAACUUCAAAAACAGCCAGUAGAGAGUUUCUUGCUAAGUUUGGGAAGGAAUUCAAAAAUGCUGAAAGGUGCAGACGAUGUUGUUAUGGAGCAGGAGGACUCCGCUUCCCGAAAUGGUGAAAUGGCAAACUGGGAUAUCAAUGACAUCAAACUUCCCCAGGACGUGAAACAGACAGACUGGUUUCAAGAAUGGCCAGACUCCUAUGUAAAACAUAUCUAUAGCUCUGAGGAUAAAAACGCCCAGCGGCACCAUAGUAGCUGGGCAAUGAGAAACACCAACAACCAUAACUCUCGCAUCUUAAAAAAGUCCUGCCUUGGGGUGGUGGUCUGUGGCAAUGACUGCUCAGCUCUGGAUGGGAGGAAGAUCUAUCUAAGACCAGCCAUAUGUGACAAAGCUCGGCAAAAACAACAGAGGAAAUGUUGUCCAAACUGCAAUGGACCCCUGAGGCUCAUUUCCUGCCGAGGCCACGGUGGGUACCCAGUUACCAACUUUUGGAGGCAUGAAGGCCGAUUCAUAUUCUUUCAGUCUAAAGGGGCUCAUGAUCAUCCACGACCAGAAACAAAACUAGAAGCAGAAGCAAGAAGAUCAAUCCAAAAAGCACAGACAGCUUUCUCUCCCCCCUGUCCAAGAUUAAAAAGAAUCCGGGAGAUAGAGUCUCUAGCAGGUGAAAUGCAGACCCACGACUCUUUGCCUUUACAUCUUCUCAAGCCGGAAGCUUACGUUGUACCCCGUUAUUUCAGCCAACAUUUCAGCAAGAGCUCUCCGGAGCGCCCACUCAGCGGCGGUUCGGGGCAGCCACCGUACCUGGGGGUGGAUGCUGAGGGUGCAGGUUCGAGCCCAUGCUGUGACAAGCUGGAGGGCCCGGGGGCCGUGGCUGCGCCCCCAGCUUGCAGCCCCUCUGGCGGUUUCAGCGAGCCGCUGCGCUGGGAUGGGAGGCUGCUGGGCGCCCCCCGGGGCUGCCGCGGCCCCGCGCUCGCUCCGGCCCACCUACCCAGCGAGCCCCUCUGCACUGGCGUCCAGCCUGCUCCCGGCGUGCCGCCCGCGCCCAAGGGCAGCUAUGAGCCCUUCAGGCCCAACGCCGGCCCUGCUGGAGACCCAUCCUACGAGGGAAAGCCCCAUCCGGCCGGCAGCGGCGGCUGCCUGCCCUCCUCGCUGUACCUCCUGGCGCAGCAGGAGCCCUACCUCGUCCCAGCCAGCACCCAUCACCACCGCCACCGCUCGGCGCCUCCGAAAGCAAACGGACGGGACUUGGAAGACGAGCGGCGAGGCCUGAACCUGGACUACUGCAGCAGUGAGAUGUUUUUUAACCUGUACCCUUUACGGUGACUGUAUUUCAGUUUCCUCCCUCUGGCAAUGGGCCUAAGUCUCCAUUCCUGCUGCAAAGUGGAUGUCAAAGCGCUACCACUCUGAUCCCCUCUUCAGCUCCUGUGUGAGACCCUAAGAAGGGCUUUUAUGCCUGGAAGCUUGUUGCUAUUCUGUUAUUUUUUACUGUUAUUUUUUCCCACUAUUUCAUUGACCUAAUAAAAGGCAUCACCUCUUCCUACAAACUGCCUCGCUACCACUCUGGUCUGGAAGCUUUUCACCUCCUGUCGAUACUCAGUUUGUUCAAGCCUAUAGGAUUAUGCAAGGUAUAGAUAAAUACCCUCAAAGACCGCAGCAGCUGCAGGUAACCCCCUAUGCUCCUUCACCAUCUUUGUCUGGUGAGCUAGGUCUCUUCAUUGCACCAGUCCCACGAGUGUUUUGCUUGACCUAGUUGACAUGUAGAUAUUUAGGUUGCCUCAGGGUGCUUUUUCCAGCCACUUUUCAGUUCUUUCAUUGCAGACAAAUCUGUCAGUGCCCUUUCCUGCAUGUCACCCAACUUUCUCAUCACUUCUGUAAGCUGUAUUUCAGCAGGAGCUAUCAGUUCCCUACAUUUGUUUGAAAGAGUAGGGUGCCAAAUAUGAAUCUUGUUGCCUAAAUUUAGUGGCCAGCUAUGAGGGACAGCUGAGCUGGAGCCACAUAUCAUGGCUGGUUCCUCCCACUGUAAAGAAGUCAGUGUCCCCCCACUCUGCAUGCUACCAAGCCUUUGGAGUUAGGCACAGAUUUUGCAGUCUGGAGCUACCCCUACUCUCACUCCGAAGCAAGCCAUGCCUAGACAGUGUGAGCUGAAAGAAUUUUUUUAUUGGGAUGAGUCUGGGAGGACAGUAUUACAAAACAGGUGGCAAUAAAAACUCCAGAGUACCUCAGACUGGGACAUAUUUGGUGUCUGUCAAACAGGUUCAGUCCUAUCACUUGUCUUGUUUUUCGCUUGUUUUCAUCUCUUUGGAUUCUGUCUUCUUUUUUUAAACUUUGGAAUAUGUUAGUUACUAGGGAAACUGCUGUCAUUAUGAAGGGUGGGGUUUAGAGACAUUUAUGAGACAAGGAAAAAUUGUAUUUAUAGAGUGUUUCAUAAUGUUUAUUGUGAUUUAUGAAACAGGGAUGUGUAGUGAUUUUUUUUUAAUGUGGAAAAAAAUCUAAAUGUCGAUCACAACAUGGUAGACCACUGUUUUAUGUGAGGGUCAGUUCAGCAAACUUUUAUUUAAUCUGUUGGGUACUCCCACCCAAAUACCAAAAUUUGUGUGUUAUAUUAUGAUUGUUCAGAUCAAUAACUUAGAGAAGAAAAUUUUCAUCAAGGAUAAUAACAACCUCUAUCUUUUAAAGACAAAAAGUUGAACAAAUCAAAAAGAGCUGUAAGUGCCUAUGCUUCAGGACAUGUGAUGCAGGAGGAGGGACAGAGAGAAGAUGCCCCUGAGCGACAUCUCCCAUAACUGAGAUUCUUCUGCGACCGCCAAACUGGCUACACCAGCGCAGGACCCACGUAACACACUAACCAUGGCCUGGUGCCUCUUUGCUCUUCCUCGUCUUGCCUUUCCUCUAAAUUCUUCAGCUUUCUUUUGCACUACUGCUAGUAUUGCCUUUCAUCAAUGAUAUUAUACAAAUGUAUGGCUAGAAAGUACCUCAGGUAUUGUGCCUACACGGUGGUAAUAUCAAUCCCCUUUACACCUGCUGAGGCCUUACUCUGCUUUUUAAAAUUUCUAGCAAAGGAAAUUUGAUGACCAAUCUCAGAGCCUGUUCCACAGCUUCAUCAUCCCAAGUGUUAGCAUUUCUUUUCCUGAUAUCCGACUUUCCUUCCUGCAGAUCAGCCAUUUCUCCAUGCACUUGGAGAUGGGCAUAGUAAAAUGAUUGGUUCACAAGCCCCCGUAAGACUGCUACUACCAAAUCUGUCAAAAGGCAGAAUUUCUGAUAUGCAGGAAGCUUUUAGUUUGACUGUUUGUCUUUAAGUUCGAACCGAGAGGUUUCCAAAAUCAACCCUACCCCUGUGAACACAGCCCCACUCAGCAGCCCCCCGGUAUCGCAGUGCCUGCGACUUCUUGUAGCUUAUAGUCCUGUGCCCUCGGGCAUGCCUGGCUGCCUCCGGGCCCGGCUUCUGCAGCUGUGCUCCAGCUGUGCGCCUGGCCUGACAACGGCCCCCAGGUCGGGGGGACUCUGGCCUCUGCUCACGGCCAGCUCUCUGCACCCUGCAUGUUUCCAAGAUACACACGUGAGGAAUUGCUCUUCCCUUUUAAAAACAAGGAAACCAAGAUGCAGGGUGACUUUGUGAUUUCUUCUAAGGUGAAACGCAGAAAGGCUUUCCAGAUUUACAGGCUGCCAGUGUCAGUCUGACCUUUCCAUACUCUUGCACUGAUUUCUGUGUUGGCAGUAACUCCCUCCAUUUUUGGUACAAUCAGUACGUUGGAUCAAUAUUGUGCCAAAUUUGUAAUCAUUUGGCUAAAAGUAUGAAGAUACCCAUCCCACUUAUGACCUUUGCAAAAAAUGACUUUAAUAUAUUUGGGAUGUAUGAAAAGAAAUGUAUAUAUAUGUUGCUACUUCAAGCCUCUUUUUACCAGCUCUAAGGUAUUUGCCCAACUAAAUUUAAAAUUGUGGGCAGUGAUAAGAAUCAGGCAUGGAAGAUGCCACUAUAUGCAUUUUCCCCUGCAAUUUGAACAAAAUAUAUUGAGCACUAAAGUUAUUCAGGUUAUCUUCAUGAAGACAUACCAAUUUACACGUGAGGAUCUACUGACAAGCACUCUGUAACCUUAUUCUCUGUAGCAGAAAGUUAUGCUUCAGACACUUGUAACUACUAUCAAAGCUUAUUUGACCAUCCCUACGUGGCAUGGAUAGUCUACACUUACUACUUUCCCAGCUUCUUAACUCUGAAAGCACCAGCUUCAAUAUUAAAGGGGCAUUCUUUGGGAUUAAUGUCUGUUAUUGCUCAAAAUAAAAAAAAUUAUAUAUAUAAUGGCUCUUCUGAGGCCAUCAGAAGCACCACAGCAAGGUUACUCAGAAUAAUAUAUGUAGUCAGACUGUAUCUUACAGAAACACAGAUGUAUCUGUUUUUUUUGUCUCAUGAAACAUUUAAAGUUGAAAUCUAGACACAUUAUCAGAAGGAGCUAUGUUAACCAUGUGAGACAGUAGCUGGACUCCUCCAUUUUUCCAUGUAUUUAUCCUCAGAAUGGCAUUGCAAGAAGGAGAAAUGCUUCUGUAUUCAGUUAUACUAAUGUGGACAUGAGAAGGCAGAACACUGACUUGAUCCAUGUCUCCCAAGCCCUGGGCAGAUGCCCUGAGCAGUUUCUUCUGCCUUUCUCUCCCCAGGGCCUCUAACUUCACAUGUGAAAACAACUGCAAGCUUGACUGACUACAAUCAGAUGUUUUCACUUCCAAACACUAGCACAUAAAAAGAAAAAGUCUUUUGGCAGACUGAGACCAUAAACUGCAAGAUUAUGGACUAUUUUCUAAAAUGUGGUCCUAAAUGCAUUCCCUCUAUAUUUAAAAGGAAUGAGUGUGUCAAACUGUUGGGGGAGGUUAGGGCCUCCCACAGGGUCAGCGUUAGGGGAUACAUGUCAAGUAACUCUCUAUAUGGAGUCCCUUCUUGCAGCAUGGCCUUUGGGGGGUCUAUCAAUUCUGUGUGUCCAACCCCCCUUGGGAA